GAAUGGCUGAAUGCGUUGAAUAAACACAGCGGCGAAUCGAUCCGCUUCCUUCCAAAACGGAAAAUUUACCUUCUCGGCAGCGAUCUCGGCUUCACCUUUCCCUUCAAAUCAACUGCAAUGGAGUUUCCGCUGCCGAUGGACAAAGUCUCUGUUUCCACCGAGUACCCUUCAAAUUUCUGCUCGCUUACUUUCUUAUCGUCAAUUUGGUCUCUUGUCUGGGAGGACGGCAAGGUAUCUGUAGUUCUAGUUGCCACCGGAAGCUUCAACCCUCCUACUUUCAUGCACUUGAGGAUGUUUGAGCUGGCAAGAGAUGCAUUGCAAAUGGAAGGCUACCGUGUGAUUGCUGGGUAUAUGUCGCCCGUCAGCGAUGGAUACAAAAAACCGGGUCUUAUACCAGCUGAACAUCGCUUGCGCAUGUGUAAUUUAGCUUGUGAGAACUCCGAUUUUAUCAUGGUUGAUCCAUGGGAGGCAAAUCAAAGUACCUACCAGAGAUCUUUGACUGUGUUGAAAAGAAUUGAAAGCGUCUUCAUUGAUCAAGUCCGGAUAUCUGGAGAAUCCCUCAAGGUGAUGCUUGUUUGUGGUGCUGAUCUGCUGCAGUCAUUUAGCACUCCUGGGGUUUGGAUUCCUGAUCAGGUAAGGACCAUUUGCAGAGACUAUGGUAUUGCUUGCAUUCGUAGGGAAGAGCUCGACGUCAACCAAAUCAUAGCUGCUGAUGAAAUCAUGAAUCAACACAAGGAUAACAUCAAACCUGUUACUGAAACUGUACCAAACAUGAUCAGCUCCACAAGACUGAGGGACUGCAUAUCGAGAGGAUUGUCAAUCAAGUACUUAACCGCGGAUUCAGUUAUCAGCUACAUCAUAGAACAGCAUUUGUAUUUGGGAAACAGAUAAAGCUGCCAGACAGCAGAAUAUCUAGUGAACUUCAGAGUCCAACUAUGUAAUAUUGCUCAGUCCAGUUUCAAAGAAGAUCAUAGAUGUAUCAUCGCCUUAAACAGCAUGAAAGCUUCCAAUGUUCAACUAAGAUCAUGAAUAAAGGUAGAAAUCUCUAAGAGGGUUGCUUUUCCUUUCUUCCCAUUCCAAUCAAAACUUCUCCAAAUUGGUUAAAACUCCAAUCAAAAUUUCUCUCCGACCAUUAUUUGUAAUGAGAAUACAGAUCAAACCCAGACAUCCCAUUCUGAGAAGUUCCUCCACCGUCCUCGCCACUCCCACUGCCCGAACCCGACCCGAACGGAUCCCUGUAGUACCCAUUCAGCACGCCACCAUCAUACAUCCCCUGCUGCUGCUGCUGCUGCAGAUGAUCGCCCUGCAUCAGAAAAUUCCCCUGCAUAUAACCAACCAUCUGCUGCUGCUGCGGUGGCAGCGGCGGAGGCGGCAUCACCAUACCCCCAAAAUCAUUGGAGCUCCGCUUCAGCAUCAUCGGGUCCCGGUAAGACGCCCGAUCGCCCUCCGUCUCUCGGUACCUAGCGAGGAAGCGCGAAAGCGGCUCAACGUAGCUGUCGAAUCCGAGCUUCCCCAUUGCCCAGAUCACGUCGUCGGCGGUGACAGUCUUCCGCUGCUCGCGCUGGCACCGCUCGUUAGCCUCGCCGGUGACGAAGCUGAUGUACUCGGAGACGCACUCCUGGAUCGUCUCCUUGGCGUCGUCGGAGAUUUUGGCGUGGGCGGGCAGGAUCCGCCGCAUUAUCCGGAUCACGUUGGCGAUUGGCAUGUACUGGUCCUGCUCCCGGAGAGUGGGGAGGGAUCGGCGCUGCGGCGGUUCCUGGCCGACAGCGGCUGGGUUCGCCGCCGGGAGGCGGAUC